AGGCGACAAAAGUGAUCCGCUUGGACGUGCCCAUGCGCGUUGCGCGGAGUCUACCUUUAAUGUAAUAUGGUAAACUUCUAUUUUGAAAAUUAUCGAAAAUUCUAGACAGGAAGUUGUGAAGUUUAUGCCCACUGCUGGCGUAACACUGUAGUAACAAUAAUGGCAGCCCCUAGCAGUAGGCAAGUUCUCCGGCGCCUCUGUCAAUUUGGCGCCUUUAUUUUGACCCGAUUUGGUUUCUGGAACUGCUUUACAAUGCUGAUGCUCUUUGCUGAGCGCGCGGAUGUAAAAAGGAAACCUGACAUCCAGGUUCCCUACCUGUACUUUGACAUGGGGGCAUCAGUUCUUUGUGCCAGCUUCAUGUCCUUUGGGGUGAAGAGGAGGUGGUUUGCACUGGGGGCCGCCAUACAGUUAGCUGUCAGCACCUACGCUUCUUAUAUUGGUGAACAAGUGCACUAUAGUGACUGGCUGAAGGUAAGGAUGUACUCAAGAACCCUGGCUAUCAUCGGGGGUUUCCUGGUCCUAGCCAGUGGUGCGGGGGAGGUAUACAGACAGAAACAUCGCACCAGAUCGCUGCAGUCCACCGGACAGGUCUUCAUAGGGGUCUACCUCAUCUGUAUGGUGUACUCCCUCCAGCACAGUAAAGAGGACAGGAUGGCCUACCUGAACCACAUCCCUGGUGGGGAGAUCACCCUAAUGCUACUGGUGGUGCUGUUUGGAGUGCUGGCCCUGGCCUUCCUCUCUGGCUGUUAUAUCCGCCUCGCUUCACAGAUCCUGGCCGUGGUUCUGCCCCUCAUCCUGCUCUUCAUCGACGGUAACCUGGGCUACUGGCACAACACGCGCCAUGUAGAGUUCUGGAACCAGUUGAAGCUGAUGGGGCAUAACGUGGGUAUAUUCGGGGCUGUGCUGAUUCUGGCUACAGACGGUUGAAUGGAAUGGACACUUUGGCAGACUGAGGUCUAUCAGAAGGGAGGCCACUACUUAACAUGUGACUGAAGCUACAUUUUUGUGUUUCAAAUGGCACCCUAUUCCCUAUAUAUUGCACUACUUUUGACCAAAGCUUUGGCCAAAAGUAGUGCAUUAUAUUGGGAAUAGGGUGCCACCUGGUCAAAAGUAGUGCACUAUAUUGGGAAUAAGGUGCCAUGUGAGACUUGUACAGUCUUUUUGGAUCCUCAGAUGAACUGAUCCUCACUUACAGCAGGAGAUACAUGGUGAUUGGACGCUAAUCCCUGCCUUACAGACAGCUAUGUGGGUAGACCUUAUCGUUAACUACCUGUCCAACUUUGCUUCUGCAAAAAAUAGACAUGAGCCCCGUAGAUUUUUUUUUUUAUAUACUGAACAAAAAUAUAGAAUGCAACAAUUAACUAUUUUACAGUUCAUAUAAGGAAAUCAGUGACUUCAAAUAAAUAAAUUAGGCCCUAACCUAUGGAUUUCACAGGCGAGGGCAUAAGCCCACCCACUGGAGAGCCAGGCACAGCCAAUCAGAGUAAGUUUUCCCCACAAAAGGGCUUUAUUACAGACAGAAAUACUCAGUUUCAACAGCUGUCUGGAUGGCUGGUCUCAGACGAUCCCGCAGGUGAAGAAGCCGGAUGUGGAGGUCCUGGGCCGGUAUGGUUACACGUGGGUCUGUGGUUGUGUGGCCCGUUGGACGUACAGCCAAAUUCUCUAAAACGAUGUUGGUGGCUUAUGGAAGGGAAAUGAACAUUACAUUCUCUGGAAAGAGCUCUAGUGGACAUUCCUGUAAUCAGCAUGCCAAUUGCACGCUACCUCAAAACUUGAGACAUUUGUGGCAUUCUGUUGAUUGACACAACUGCACAUUUUAAAGUGGUCUUUUAUUGUCCCCAGCACAAGGUGCUCCUGUAUAAUGACAAUGCUGUUUAAUCAGCUUCUUGAUAUGCCACACCUGUUAUGUGGUUAGAUUAUCUUGGCAAAGGAGAAAUGCUCACUAACAUGAUUAAGUUUUGAGAGAAAUUAGAUUUGUGAGUAUGGAACAUUUCUGGGAUCUUUUAUUUCAGUUUUACAUGUUGCGUUUAUAUUUUUGUUCAGUAUAUUUAACGUAUAGCUAGAAUUAUGUAAAAAAUAAAUGAUGAUUUGAAACCUGGUAUUUAGAUAUGGCUAUAGCAGAUUUCAGUUUGAGUAUUUGGGGGGUUAUAUCGUGGUUUAAUUGUCAAAUGUUUUACUGCAAUUUAUGGUAACAAAUUAGGGGUAACUUGACAUUUUGCAUAUUUCCUAUCAAAUAAUAGAACUACAGUGUACUCCUUUUGUACCUAAUGCAAUAUGAAUAUAGGAUCAUAUUUAUUUUUGAAUAUCAUUUGUUUUCAUUCCUGACGACAUUCCUGAGUGUAGGUUGUCAUACAACUAAAUAAACAACUACUGGUUUGGUUUUGUA